GGUGGCCGGUGAGGCAAGAAUGUUCUAAUCCAAGAUCCGGGUCUUCUGGGAGUCCCCAGACCGGCCAUUUCCGGAUUAAUCCCCACCCACCCACAGUGCUUCCGGUCUCCUGCGCUGGAAGCGGCAGAAAGGCAGCUAUGGAUACAAGGCUGUUCUGAAAGAAGUGGGGCAUGGCCGCAGCCCUACAGGUCUUGCCUUGUCUCCUCCGAGCCCCAUCGCGUCCAUUCCUCUGGGGGCCCCCGGUGGCCCGGAUGACCAGUGGAAUGGCCUUGGCAGAACAGGCACGGCAGCUGUUUGAGAGCGCUGUGGGCGCUGUGCAGCCAGGACCCAUGCUGCAAAGGGCACUGUCCUUGGAUCCUAGUGGCCGGCAGCUGAAGGUGCGGGACCGGAGCUUUCAGCUACGGGAAAACCUGUACCUAGUGGGCUUUGGCAAGGCUGUACUGGGCAUGGCUGCUGCAGCUGAGGAGCUACUGGGCCAGCAUCUUGUGCAGGGUGUGAUCAGCGUUCCCAAGGGGAUCCGGGCUGCUAUGGAGCAUGCUGGAAAGCAAGAGAUGCUGCUGAAGCCACACAGCCACAUCCAGGUGUUCGAGGGUGCAGAGAACAACUUACCCGACCGUGAUGCACUGCGGGCUGCGCUGGCCAUCCAGCAGCUGGCAGAGGGGCUCACAGCCGACGACUUGCUGCUUGUGCUCAUCUCAGGUGGGGGCUCCGCCCUGCUGCCUUCUCCCAUCCCGCCUGUCACACUGGAGGAGAAACAGACGCUCACCAAGCUGCUGGCAGCCCGUGGAGCCACAAUUCAGGAGCUGAACACCAUCCGGAAGGCCCUGUCCCAGCUGAAGGGUGGAGGGCUGGCUCAGGCUGCCUAUCCUGCUCAGGUAAUAAGCCUCAUCUUGUCAGAUGUGAUUGGGGAUCCUUUGGAUGUGAUUGCCAGUGGCCCCACUGUGGCCAGUGCCCACAGUGUGCAAGAUUGCCUGCAUAUUCUUAAUCGCCAUGGUCUUCGAGCUGCUCUGCCACGUUCUGUGAAGACUGUGCUCUCUCGAGCUGACUCUGACCCCCGUGGGCCACAUACUUGUGGUCAUGUCCUCAAUGUCAUCAUCGGCUCCAAUUCUCUGGCACUGGCUGAGGCUCAGAGGCAAGCUGAGGUACUGGGCUACCGUGCCAUGGUGCUGAGCACAGCCAUGCAGGGUGAUGUCAAAAAUGUGGCCCAGUUCUAUGGGCUGCUAGCCCGGGUGGCUGCAGCCCACCUCACUUCAUCCAUGGCUGGGCAUCCCUUGGAGGAGGAGGCAAAGCUCCAUCAGCUCGCAGCUGAGCUCCAGCUCCCAGACCUGCAGCUGGAAGAGGCUCUGGAAGCCGUGGCAAAGGCUAAAGGCCCAGUCUGCCUCCUGGCUGGUGGUGAGCCCACGGUGCAGCUGCAGGGAUCUGGCAAGGGUGGUCGGAACCAAGAACUGGCCUUGUAUGUGGGGACAGAGCUGGGAAGACAGCCACUGGGGCCUAUUGAUGUGCUAUUUUUGAGUGGAGGCACUGAUGGGCAGGAUGGGCCCACAAAGGUGGCUGGGGCCUGGGUCAUGUCUGAUCUUGUCAGCCAGGCUUCUGCUGAAGGCCUGGACAUAGCCGCCUUCCUCUCCCACAAUGACUCGUACACCUUCUUUAGCCGCCUCCGGGGUGGAACACACUUGCUGCACACAGGGUUGACAGGGACCAAUGUCAUGGAUGUCCACCUCCUGAUUUUUCAUCCUCUGUGAUGGCAUAGCUCGUAUAGGAGGCCUGCAAGGGCAGGGUCUCUUAGGAAGAUCAAGGGCUGGUCCCCAGGACCUCAUUGUGCAUUAAGGACUGCCUGUCCCCUUAGCCUGCUCCACUCACCCCUAUAGAUCUCCACAUUCAUUCCCCCAACUAGAUUAUAAGACAAGGGCUCCUUGCCACCUCUGCUUUCUGUCCUGUUAGGGAGCCCUGGGGCCCAGAAGAAGCUUCUGUGGCCAGUUCCCAGUCCUUGUUUCUUCCCCAGGAGCCCAUCUGCCCAGAUCCUCAGCCUGCUUCUUCCAUGGUGUGAAGUUAGGGAGCCUGAAAAUAAAAAGGAGCAUGUUGUGGGGGUCUGGGGUCCCCUUCCCUCA